AUGUGUGCCGUGGGAAAACACCAAGCAUUGAAUCCGACAUCGCAAAGACUCCUAGCAGCAUCAAAACUUGCCUUGAGCAAGGAAGACAAAGGCAAGCCCAAAAAAAGCACACCGAAAGCGAAAGCAAAGGGCAAAGCAAAGGCCAAGACGAAAGCUGCAGCAGCAACAAAGAAGAAGACAAAGGGCAAGGUGGCUUCAACUGCUCACCCGGACAGCGUUACCUACAUGACUGCGAAGAAAAACUUUCUGGAUAAGCAGACCGACAUGCCGCACAAAGACAAGGAGAAGGCAUGGAAGGAGUCCCAGGAGUACCAGGAGGUUAUCGCCACUUUGGAUCCCCGCCAGGUGACUUGGCAUAGAGGUUGA